AGUUUCCUAGGCGGUUUGUUUGGGCCGGUCUGUGAGAUAGAUGUACUGCUGAACGAUGCAGAGAACAGAAAGACGGCCGAGUUGAAGACGGAAGAUGGGAAAGUGGAGAAACACUACCUGUUCUACGACGGGGAGUCUGUGUCUGGGAAGGUGAAUCUAAAUGUGAAGCAGGGAGGAAAGCGACUGGAGCAUCAAGGCAUCCGCAUCGAGUUUGUUGGACAGAUAGAGCUCUUCUCUGACAAGAGCAACACCCAUGAGUUUGUGGACUUGGUGAAAGAGUUGGCUCUGCCUGGAGAACUCACCCAGAACAGGAGCUACGACUUUGAGUUCAUGCAGGUGGAGAAGCCCUAUGAGUCCUAUACUGGAGCGAAUGUCAGGCUAAGGUAUUUCCUCAGGGUGACAAUAGUUCGUCGUCUGUCUGACUUGGUGAAGGAAUACGAGCUGAUUGUCCACCAGUUAGCCACCUACCCAGAUGUCAACAACUCAAUCAAGAUGGAGGUCGGCAUAGAAGACUGUCUGCACAUUGAGUUUGAGUACAAUAAAUCCAAAUACCACCUUAAGGAUGUGAUUGUUGGGAAGAUCUACUUCCUGCUGGUCAGGAUCAAGAUCCAACACAUGGAGCUACAGCUCAUCAAGAAGGAGAUAACGGGCAUAGGUCCCAGCACUACCACAGAGACAGAGACGGUUGCAAAGUAUGAGAUCAUGGAUGGAGCUCCAGUUAAAGGAGAAUCAAUCCCCAUCAGACUGUUCCUGGCAGGAUAUGACUUGACACCAACCAUGAGGGAUGUCAACAAGAAGUUCUCUGUACGCUACUUCCUCAAUCUGGUCCUGGUCGAUGAAGAGGACAGAAGAUACUUUAAACAACAGGAGAUUGUUUUGUGGAGAAAAGCUCCAGAGAAGCUGAGGAAAAGAAACUUCCAUCAGCGCUACGAGUCGCCCGAGCCCCGAACCCAGCCAGUUAAUGCAGAGCAGCCAGAGAUGUAACGUUCGCUGCUAUGAACUGAAAAUACACACACACACCCCAACUCUUCACUGCUGAACAGCCAGAGGUGUGAGCGCUGCCCCACUAUCUCCUGAGACUGAGAAAUGUCUGUAUACAUAAAUACACACAACAUACCUUUAGACACCCCACCCUUCGGCCCACCUUCACAGCUUCAGAUGUGAGCUGUCUCACCACCAUCACACAACCUCCCCCAGGACUGAAACACGCUCGCAUACAGACACACAAGCAUACAAUCCAAGAAGGCUGAAUGCUAAAUGUCAAGUCAAACCAACACACACACAUGCACACACAAGUGAAGCCAUACAGUCUCGGUUUGCUUAAUGCAUUAUAAAACAGGAGCAAAGACGGAAAAGAGGAGUUGGCUACAGACGACCGCCACACCAUUUAUCCCUUUCUUCUUCUGCAACAGGAGCUUCUUUUGUUUGCAUAUUUGGGCCGCGCUGAUCCUGGACUGUCCGUGGCAUCCCCCCCCCCCCCCCCCCCC